GUUCUUUCAUUUAUGAUAAUGAAUUAACAUUUUUUUUCCCCAUUUAAGGACUUGGACAUCAAGUAGAGUACAGUAAUGUAAAAUUCAUACGGUAUGUGUGUGUGUUAACUCUAAAGGUAAUAAUAUAUACCGAACGAGAAGCCAGGCGGUGUGACACCACUCCAUGUCAAUAUUUUGCAACAUUGUGAGCCAUUCAUUAUUUACUCACAAAGAAAAAGAUUUUGCACGAUAAAUGCCAUAGCAGUGUAAAAUAUGUAAAUAGAAAAUUAUUUAUACGUCAAUUUAAUUAAUUAGGAACAUGUAAUGUGAUGAUGGAUGUGAUGUUUAUUCAAGUUUACAACUAGACAAAGUUAAGAUAAGGGAUCAUGCAUGUUAAUAAGCUCCCGACUAGACAUAUCCCAUAAUCAAUCUUAAUUUCCUCGAAUUAUGUAUUAAUAUUUGAAGUAACAUAAUUAAAUUUAUGUUUCAAAUGAAAGUUAGGUCAAAAGCUCAUCAAGGAUGAUGAAGCUGUUUAAUUAGAAGCUUAAUAAACUGGGGACAAAAAAAAAAAAAGUUAACCCUGCCUACCUCUAUAAAUUCAAGUCCUCUUCCAUUAUCUUCCUUCCCAAAUCCACAUCUACCCAUCAAAAAACUCUCCUCCAAAAAUAUCUACCCCUUCUCUAUCUCUCCUCUUCUUCUUCAUCUUUAUCUCUCUCUUUGCUUUCACAAACGCAUAAAAAGAAAAAAAAAAUGGAUAAGAAACCAUGCAACUCUCAAGAAGUUGAAGUAAGAAAAGGCCCAUGGACAAUGGAAGAAGAUUUAAUAUUGAUAAACUAUAUCGCGAAUCACGGCGAAGGCGUCUGGAAUUCACUAGCAAGAUCUGCUGGUCUCAAACGUACCGGAAAAAGUUGUCGUCUCCGUUGGUUGAAUUACCUUCGACCUGACGUGAGGAGGGGAAAUAUAACACCUGAAGAGCAGCUAUUGAUCAUGGAGCUGCAUGCCAAAUGGGGUAACAGGUGGUCGAAAAUUGCGAAGCAUCUGCCAGGGAGAACCGAUAACGAAAUAAAGAACUAUUGGAGGACCAGAAUUCAGAAGCACAUAAAGCAGGCGGAAACCUUCACCGGACAAAGCUCGGACCACAUGAUGAACGAUGGAGGAAGCACAGCUCAAAUGUCCACCUGCAGCACCUCAGAUGCCAUGGACGCUUAUUCUCCACCUUCAUACUCUGCAAAUAUUAAUAUGGAUAAUAAUUACCAAAACCCUUUUCCCACUGAAUCAUCUGACAGCCUUUGGAGCAUGGAGGAUCUCUGGUCAAUGCAGUUAAUCAACGGAGAUUAAAUCAUGUUAUCAAUCAAAGCGCCAUUUCUCAAGCACUAAAUCAAUAUAAGUUGGCUUGCAAACCAUGGAUCUCUAGUCCCUACGUACGAGCUCUGGUAAAUAUGCGUUUCUGCAUCAUUUUACUACCACUCAUAUUAGUUUGGUUAAGGUUAAAUAGGAGUUAAAGCUUGAUUAUUAAUGCCUAUAUAUGUUAGUUACCAAUAUAUAUAUUAAAUAUUUCAAUGCAGUCAAAUUAUGUACGAUUAUGAACUCAAAAUUCUGUCUAUAAAUGAAGUUAACUAAUGUUUUCAGUUAUCCGUUGUGUAUGUAAUGGCAGAGAGCUCAUAUGUAUACAUAACAUAUGCAUGUGGAUUUAGGAUCGAUGCAUCCAUGCAUGCAUGAAUAUGUAGUUAUUCAGUUAAGGUGUAAAAUUCAAUACUAUAAAGAAGAGGAUGUAAAGUUGUAGACAGAAUGAACUGUCAAAAUUGCGGGGAUUGUGGAUCUACAUGGAAGCUUCACGAUACGGAAAAAGAUCAACUGACUGUUAUGAACAAACAAAUACCGAACCCAAGUCACAGGUUAUCGAAACGUGGAAAGGAAGUGCAGUUUGUUUUAGGCAAAUUCAAUCUUUGCUUUCCCUCAUUUAGCCUUCUUUGAGCAUGGCUUCGCAUUUACGAAGGUCGACGUAAACCUAACUUCUAUUGUUCCAAUCAGGAAGUCUUCACAUGCAUCCCGUUCAUAUUAUAUAAUCUUCUUAGACUGACUUUUUUUUUUUUUCCUUCUCUAAUUUCUUAGACUUUUUCUCCACUGUUAGAC